AUGCGAUGGCGGAUGAUGAUGCGGAUGCCGGCAUCGUGUUUGCUCCACCAAGGACGUUGGGCUGGCACUGGCAGCGUUGAAGCUAGAUUGGAUGUGGUGAUUCUUGAUUUGGGUCUGUCUCAGCUGAAACCCACGGAUUUGGAAAUGCCAAAAGAGGACCUCUCGCGACAAAAUUCCAGGAGGAUUGCAGAAGCUGCUGAAAAUGGCGGCCAAACUGCGGCCUGUGAAUCGAAGGAGGAGCGUUUGGAAGCGAUCCAGGCCUUGGAGUCGCCAGGCGGUUUCCGUAGGCACCGGAUCUGCCCCGGCACCGAGACCCAUGGAUUUUCCGGCCUUUGCACAACCCAGGAUGCAAAACGGGGAGCGAUCCGACACGAGAAGGUUGAUUGGGAGGCCCUGGAGAUCGCCGAAUGGAAAACGGGCAACAGAAGCCUCUCUGGCCGAGUACCUCAAGCAAUCCUGGACAGAUUGGCGCAGGAGCUUCAGAUUGCCAUCCGAACAUCGCUGCCCCACAGCUCCAUGAAAAAGGACCCGGCGUGCCUUCGCAGCGCGCAGACAUCCAAGCCGCCUGGCGUCGGGGGAGGCCUGUUUGCCUGGUCUGGCUUGGUCGACGCGGCAAAAGCUGCUUGGAUUGGCGGCACGGAAUUGCUGACCUACGGGGAGUUACUACCAGCAGGCACUGAGAAAGCCCUGGCGGUCAUGGCUCCAGGCCUACACUUUGAGUCCCCAGCGCGGCAGAGACACCAUGAGGUUGCUCUGGAACUGGGCUGUGGUCGCGGUCGCGCUGCACUACACCUCUUCCUGGCGGGUGCCACAGUUCUAGGCGUGGAGCUGGCCUUGGAACGCUACAGCUUUGCGGUUGAAGCCAUGCAGCGCUUGGCACACAGGUGCCCAGAAGCUUUUCGCGUGAGUUUUCAGACUUCAAAGGCACGUUUGAUCUCCGCUGCUCCCGCGGGCGCUGUAAAGUACAACUCUUUUCUGGAGGUGCGUCAUGGGGACUUUUUCCAGUUGCUGGAUGAGGAGAUUGCUGCGGCCACGCUGAUUUUCCUGCAGGUGUGUUUGCCUUCUGCCUCAUGGCCCAGGGUGAGAUCCUUCUUGGACCUUUCCUCACCUGGCUGCCGAGUGCUCUCCUACCAGGACCUGCGUGAGAUUUAUCAAGGUGCUGGGUCGUUUCCCUUCAGAGAUAUUGGAUCACCCAUCUUGGCAUGUAGCUGGGCCCCGAGCGGUCACAGGUUCCAUUGCUACGAACGCUUGGAUCUGGAGGAGGAGAAACGCAUCCUUGCGAGGGCUGCAAAGCUCGGCCCAGCCGACCAGCGAAGGGAAGGAAAGGGCAGCGGAAAAGCCACCGCGGUGAAGUUGCACCUCACCAUGAAGCACGACCACAUUUGCGAGCUCUUGGAAUAUUUUGACGAGCCCAGCACGGUGACGCUAAUCUUGGAGUAUUGCCGUGGCGGCGAUCUCUUUGACUCCAUCGUGGCCCAGUCAAAGCUUACUGGGCGGGGCUUCACGGAGUUACAAGCCAUCAUCGCCACGCGCCACGUCUUGUCGGCUCUCGAAUACCUACACAAGCAGAAGGUUGUGCACAGAGACAUCAAGGUUCACCCUCCGCCACUGCAUCGUGGGACUGACCAAGCUUCCGAACAAAACGCUCCUCAACUUUUAACCAUGACGAAGAAGCAGCGCAGCAAGUUUCGACAGUUCGAAAGCGCUUGCGAGGCGAAGUGGCAGGCAGGAGAAGCGCCAAGGGUGUGGCGAGAUCUGAAACUGGAGACUUUUUUCAACUUGCGUCUCGCUCCCUGGACCGAGAACUCGAAUGUUGCGCGAGGCGUUGCCGUCGAGCCGGAGAACACACAGAGGUCGGCAGAUCCUGCGGAUCCUCGUGCGUCUGAGUUAUUGGAGGUCUUCGACAAAGUCCAUGCACAGGCCGUAGCCCGGCACCAGAAUACCGGUCAAGAUGCACACCAUGCGCCGGCGCUGCGCAAGGCCAAGAAGGCGGUGCAGGAGAGCCUGGCGCGGGGAGAUAAUUUGACCCUGUCCUCGCUCCACACGCUGAAGAACGUGGGGCAUUGGGUGGUGAGUCAGUUGCGAGAGAACCUCGAAGCCUCCAACUCCAGCCCGCGUCGCCCUGCAGCCAAGCGACAGCGACAGGUGGCAGAGGCAACGCCAGAGUCCUUCAGCUGGUGGUAUGUUGAUGCUGCUGGCAAGCGCGUGGAGUUUCGAAAUGACGCCCAGAUGAAGGAUGGCCCCGCAGGAGAAACCUUCAGGGUGACGAUCAUGCAUUCAAGCGGUCGAGUGGAGAAGGCAUGGCUUCCGGAUACCAAAGCGCCUCCAACCAGCCCACCCUGA